UCCACGUCAACAUCUUCCAGCACAACCUCCUCCUCCAGCACAUCCUCGAGCAGCACAAGCUCGACAUCAACGACAGCAGCUCCACGUCCAGCACGACGAGCAGCACUUCAUCCACCAGUACGUCCAGCACAAGCAGCAGUACGAGCACCACCAGCUCGAGCAGCUCCACCAGCACGUCCACCACAACCAGCAGCAGCACGAGCAGCAGCACCAGCACCUCCAGCACCAGCAGCUCGUCCACGUCAACAUCUUCCAGCACAACCUCCUCCACCAGCACCUCCUCCAGCAGCACAAGCUCGACAUCAACCAGCAGCAGCUCCACGUCCAGCACGACGAGCAGCACUUCAUCCACCAGUACGUCCAGCACCAGCAGCAGCACGACACCUCCAGCACCAGCAGCUCGUCCACGUCAACAUCUUCCAGCACAACUUCCUCCUCCAGUACCUCCUCCAGCAGCACAAGCUCGACAUCAACGAGCAGCAGCUCCACGUCCAGCACGACGAGCAGCACUUCAUCCACCAGCACGUCCAGCACAAGCAGCAGCACGAGCACCACCAGCUCGAGCAGCUCCACCAGCACAUCCACAACAACCACCAGCAGCACAAGCAGCAGCUCAAGCACAUCCAGCACCAGCAGCUCGUCCACGUCAACAUCUUCGAGCUCAACCUCCUCCACCAGCACCUCCUCCAGCAGCACAAGCUCAACAUCAACGAGCAGCAGCUCCACAUCCAGCACGACGAGCAGCACGUCAUCCACCAGCACAUCUAGCACCAGCAGCAGUACGAGCACCACCAGCUCGAGCAGCUCCACCAGCACGUCCACCACAACCAGCAGCAGCA